AUGCCGGCAGAAGAACCCCUCUGGCGCAAGAUCUCCCAGAUCAUCCUAGGGCAAUGGUUCCUCAUCGGCAUCGGCAUCGUGAUCCUCAUAGCCUCCCAAGCACCAGCCCCGACCAAAGACCAAGAUCUCAUUGAAACCGUGAUCUCAUAUCUCUGUGUCACAAUCAUCUUCUUCAUCACGGGAUGUACAUUGUCCACACGCGCCCUAAUCGAGAACUACAGCCGCUGGAAAAUCCACUUGUUCGUGCAGAUACAAUGUUUCCUCUUCACCUCGGCGUCUGUCUAUGCCGUCGUGUCGCUGUGCGCAACGAACCCUGAUUUCAUGGAUGAGGCUUUACUUAUUGGUCUUCUUCUCAUGGGCUGUGUCCCGACUACUAUCUCCUCUAACGUGGUCAUGACGCGGAAUGCCCAUGGCAACGAUGCCCUGACCGUGGUGGAAUCAACUAUCGGCAAUUUCCUGGGGCCCUUUUUAACCCCCCUACUCAUUCAGAUGUAUUGUCUGCCUAAGCCAUGGUAUACCGGUUUUCUUGCUUCGGAGCAGGGUAAUUAUGCGGCGAUCUAUGCACGUAUCUUUAAGCAGAUUGGGUUAUCUGUCUUUGUGCCUAUGGUCAUCGGCCAAAUCCUGCAACAUCUCUUCCCCAAACCCCUUCGCAAAAUCUUCACCACCUGGAAACUCAACAAACUCAGCUCGAUCUGCCUCCUUCUAGUCGUCUGGCAAGCUUACGACGCAGCCUUCAGCUCAAACGUCUUCACCUCCGUAAAGGCCUCGAACAUCAUCUUCAUUGUCUUCAUCUCCAUCGCCAUGUUCAUUGUCUGGCUAACGGUCUCAGUCUCGGUGUCCGUCCUCUGGCUCUCAAGAGAAGACACGGUAGCAGUCGCAUACUGCGUACCCGCCAAGACGCCCGCUAUGGGUGUUCCAUUGGCGAAUUUGAUCUUUAAGGGUCUGGAUGUUUCCCAGAAAGCGAAGAUUCAGUUACCUAUGGUUGUUUUUCAGGGGUUGCAGAUUGCUUUAGGGUCGGUUUUGGUGCCGGCUUUUAGGAGGUGGUUGUUUUUCCUGGACUUCGCCCUGCAGAUCGUCUCCGGUCUUUCUAAGACGAAGUCUUAUUUGACGGGUGGAUUCCGGUCUGCCGAAUGA